GAGGGGGAACCUGAGGGAGAGCGAUCGCCAAAACGGAACGGGAAUCCAAGUUUUUUUUUUUUUACACUUGACCCGUCUUUUUAAAGUCUUUUGACGUUUGUUUACCUCAUCCUUUUUUGACUAUCGGAGACGGGAUACCUACUUUGUGUGCGUGUUUUUCUCUAUUUUAUUGUAACUCUACCGCCGACACUGAACCCUGGUUUGUUUUGGAUUAGCUAGCCACCGUUAGCUGUUUUUUCCCCUCAGCAGCUAACAUUAAUCAGAGGUGGAGAGCGUGGUGCUGGAGACUUUUCUCACUUCACAGCAACGUGUUUUUCCUACUCCCCGCUACAGUAAAAAGGGAAAAAAGAAGUAACAUUUAUCUCCCCAAGUCCCCCCCCCCCCUAUUUUUUUGUUUUCUUUUUUCUGUGUGCCGUUUUAUAGGAGCUCAGUCGUUUUGCGGCGUGGUGGUCAGCGGGGGUGAAGGAGUUCAGAGGAAGGUCGUAGUGGGGAAAGAAAGCUGUGUCGCUGCACGUAGCUGCUCGGAGGAGUUUCCUGGGAUGUGCUCCUAUUUUUCUUAAAAAAAAGAGGGAGCAUCUAAGAAGAUACUAGCAAACAGAGGGGGGAACGUAAAGACCUGUGGACUUCACAAGAGAGAGCGCAACCCCCCCACCACCCCAAACCCUCCUUCUCCAACACCCCCCCCCCCCCCCCCAACUCCCGUGCUUGGCUGUGUGUUUGGGGCGAUAUCCACAACUUCAGCCCAUGUCUGCUGGAAGAAGAGAAGAGGAAGAGGAGGAGGUGGCUGCUUUUUUAAAACGCCGUGCAUGAGAAAAUGUUUGUUUUUGAAAUGGGUCUUUCCUCAUUGGAGCAGUGCGUUACAGAAAAAUGAGCCCGGAGCCAGUGGAUCUCUUUCUUGGAACUCAACGCGUGGUGGGAUAUUAAUAAUACUACUACUACUACUACUACUAUUAUUUCUCUCUUAAUUGAGCGGAGCAGCAAAAUCAAACAUAUGAACGCGGACUGUCGCCUUUACUUAUGGAAGAUGAAGAUUUUCACUCGUACAUGUGUCGCCAGAACCCAAGAUCACGUUAUUUAGUGGUCUGCAUUUAUUUUCAGGGCUCACACACAUCACAAACUUGGCUGGGAAGACACUCAUACAUUUAUUACCCCCCGGUUUACGGGGGGCAACCUUGACUAAGUUAGUUAUAUUUUUUAAGUUUUAAGAAAUUGUUGAUCAAUUAGCGCCUUUGAAAGAAACAUUUCUCCCUCGAGAUUGGAGUUUCUUUUUUUUCUUUUUAAUUUUUCUUUUUGGAGUAGCUUCAAGAGGAAAGCACAACUUAUCCUCAAGUCAAAAUGAGGCGGUGGACGCUAAAACUGCGAGCACAAAUUGUGUUUUUUAUCAUCUGCGCCUGUGUUAUAUGCCAGUGUGGACUCAUUAAUGGAGAAAUUUGCCAGAGUAAAGACAUCCGUAACAAUGUGACCAACCUCCAGUCGCUGGAGAACUGCACCAUCAUCGAGGGCCACCUGAAGAUUCUGCUCAUGUUCAAGACCAAGACCGAAGACUUCCGGGGCCUCAGCUACCCCAAGCUACGAGUGGUGACAGACUACGUGCUGCUGUUCAGGGUAUAUGGCCUCGAAACCCUCACUGAUCUCUUCCCAAACCUGACAGUGAUCCGCGGCAACAACCUCUUCUUCAACUACGCGCUUGUGAUUUACGAGAUGCUGCAGCUGAAGGAGGUGGGCUUUCACAACCUCAUGAACAUCACCCGGGGUGCCGUGAGGAUCGAGAAGAAUCCAGACCUCUGCUACCUGGCCACACUGGAUUGGUCCAAGAUCCUGGACACGGUGGAGGACAACUUCAUCGUGGCCAAUAAGAACGACAGGGAGUGUGGAGAUGUGUGUCCAGGCACGGCCCAAGGUCAGACCAUCUGCUCACAGAACACCAUCAACGGACACUUCAGAGGACGAUGCUGGUCGCAGACUCAAUGCCAGAGAAUGUGUGUGGACAACUGUAAGCAUGGAGGGUGUACCCUCCAGGGCCAGUGCUGCGAUGACCAGUGCUUGGGUGGCUGCUCGGAGCCCGGCAACGCUAGCAGCUGUGUGGCCUGCAGAAACCUUCAGCAUGGGAACACCUGUGUAGAGAAGUGUCCUCCUGGGUACUAUGUCUUCAGGGGCUGGCGCUGUGUCAGUUUCUCAUUCUGUCAGGAACUCCACAAUCAGUGUAAGCAGACUAAGAAGUUGAUCCUGGACCGGGAGACAUCCUGCUAUGAAUACGUUAUCCACAACGGGGCCUGUAUCCCAGAGUGUCCUUCUGGAUACACCACUAUAAACUCCACUAUGUUGACCUGUUCACCAUGUGCAGGCCUGUGCCCUAAACUAUGUGGGGGAAAUAAGACAAUUGACUCAGUAACUUCAGCCCAAGCUAUGAGAGGCUGCACCAUUCUCCACGGCAACAUGAUCAUCAAGAUUCGAGGAGGGAAUAACAUAGCAGCUGAGUUGGAAGCUAGUUUGGGCCAGAUUGAGGAGAUCACAGGCUACCUGACCAUUCGCAGAGCCUACGCCCUGGUGUCUCUCUCCUUCCUCCGCAAACUACGCAUCAUCAGAGGGGAGCAUCUUGAGGGAGAUGCCUAUUCCUUCUAUGCGUUGGACAACCAGAACCUGCGUGAGCUGUGGGAUUGGUCCAAACACAACCUGACCAUCCAGCGUGGUCGUACAUUCUUCCACUAUAACUCCAAACUUUGCAUGUCUGAAAUCAGAAAGAUGGAGGAGGUAACGGGAACCAAAGAGCGCAACCAAAAGAAUGACAUCGCUGGACGCACCAAUGGGGACCAAGCCUCCUGUGAGACCAAGCUGCUGAAAUUCACCAUGAUCAAGACCACAUCAAAUAAGAUUAUGGUGAAGUGGGAGCCCUUUUGGCCGUUAGACUUCAGAGACUUGCUGGGCUUUAUGGUUCUCUACAAAGAGGCGCCAUAUAAGAACGUGACAGAGUUUGAUGGGCAGGACGCGUGCGGCUCUAACAGCUGGGUGAUCGCUGAUGUUGACCCACCGGCCCGUGUCACAGACAGCAAGGAGCAGAUCGAGCCAGGGCACCUAAUCCGACCAUUGAAGCCCUGGACACAAUACGCCAUCAUGGUUAAAACCCAACUGUCUGCAUCUGACGAGCACGAGGUUCACGGAGCCAAGAGCGAGAUCAUCUACAUCCGCACUAAUGCCUCCAAGCCCUCCGUGCCUCUGGACCCCAUUUCCUCCUCCAACUCCUCCUCUCAGAUCAUCCUGAAAUGGAAACCUCCCACCAACCCCAAUGGCAACAUCACCCACUACCGGGUCAUUUGUCGUAAGCAGCCCGAGGACAGUGACCUCUACAAGUUUGACUACUGUGUAGGAAUGAAGCUGCCUUCUCGUGUCCCGACCCACCUGGACAGUGAGGAUGAGCAGAAGUGGAACCACACAGACGAGCCCAACGUAGGCAAGUGCUGCGCCUGCCCCAAGACAGACGUCCAGCUCAAGAGGGAGCAGGAGGAGAUAGAGUACCGCAAGACCUUCGAGAACUACCUCCACAAUGAAGUAUUUGAGAGCAGACCAUCUCGUCGGCGACGCUCAGUGGGAGUUGCCAACGCCACCCAAAUCCCUUUCUUCCUUACCACAGCCCCCAACAUCCUGGGCUCCACCACAGCCUCACCCGAAGAUGAGGAUGAAGAGGGAUCCAAGGUGGAGCUAAAGGUGUUUUCAAAAGAGUCAACAGUCAUCUCCAACUUGCAACACUUUACAAGUUAUAAGAUAGAGAUCAUGGCCUGCAACCAUCCUACAGACCUCAAACGCUGCAGCAUGGCUACUUACGUCAGUGCCCGAACUAUGCCAGAGGAGAAAGCAGACGACGUCCCAGGCCCUGUGACCCAUGAGAUACUGAGUGGUGAGCAGUCCUCUGUGUUCAUUAAAUGGAGCACACCUCGCUCCCCUAAUGGCCUCAUCAUCCUCUAUGAUGUGUUCUACAAGAAGGUUGGAGACAUGGAGGAUCGCUCAGCUUGUGUGUCUCGGCCAGCCUACCUCAAGUCAGGUGGUGUGGAGCUUUCACUUGUCCAACCUGGAAAUUACAGCGUGAGGGUCCGUGCUACCUCCUUGGCAGGAAAUGGCUCCUUCACAGAAACUACUUACUUCUUCAUGCCCAACAAGGAUCCUGGUUUAAUUGGUGUUGUGAUUGGUCCUGUCAUCUGCUUCAUCCUGCUGCUGUUCGUGGGAGGUGGAGUCUUUGUGAUCUUCAAGAAGAAGCAAACAGAAGGCCCGACAGGACCACUUAUUGCCUCCUCAAACCCUGAGUACCUCAGCGCCAAUGAUGUGUAUGUUCCUGAUGAGUGGGAGGUGCCGCGUGAUAAGAUCACGGUGCUCAGAGAGCUGGGUCAAGGCUCCUUCGGUAUGGUGUACGAAGGAAUCGCCAAGGACAUCAUCAAAGGAGACCCGGAUACACGUGUAGCAGUCAAGACCGUCAAUGAAUCAGCUAGCCUGCGAGAGAGGAUCGAGUUCCUUAACGAAGCCUCCGUCAUGAAGGCAUUCAGCUGUCACCACGUGGUACGUCUGUUAGGUGUGGUGUCCAAAGGUCAGCCCACCCUGGUAGUGAUGGAGCUGAUGACCCACGGGGACCUGAAGAGCUACUUGCGGAGUCUCAGGCCAGACUCUGAGAACAACCCAUCAGGCCGUCCUCCACCUACACUGAAGGAGAUGAUCCAGAUGGCUGCAGAAAUUGCAGACGGCAUGGCCUACCUCAACGCCAAGAAGUUUGUCCACAGAGACCUGGCAGCCAGGAACUGCAUGGUGGGAGAGGACUUCUGCGUCAAGAUUGGAGACUUUGGUAUGACGAGAGACAUCUAUGAGACUGACUACUACCGUAAAGGAGGCAAAGGACUGCUUCCUGUCAGGUGGAUGGCUCCAGAGUCUCUGAAGGAUGGAGUCUUCACUGCCCACUCUGACUGCUGGUCAUUUGGCGUCGUACUGUGGGAGAUCAGUACAUUAGCAGAGCAGCCUUACCAGGGCUUGUCCAAUGAGCAGGUUCUCAAAUUUGUCAUGGACGGAGGAUACCUGGACCGGCCUGAUAACUGCCCUGAGAGGAUGCACAGCUUAAUGCAGAUGUGCUGGCAGUACAAUCCGAAGAUGCGGCCGAUGUUCCAUGAGAUCAUCGAGAUGCUGCGGGAGGACCUACACCAGUCUUUCCAGGAGGUCUCCUUCUUCUACAGCGAGGAGAACAAAGUCCCUGAGACAGAGGAGUUUGACCUGGACCUGGAAAACAUGGAGAGCAUCCCCCUGGACCCGUCUUCAUACUCCCAGAGAGAGGAGAGCUUAGGCAGGGACAGCGGGCCCUCGGUGGCUCUCAGGGGGAACUAUGAGGAGCAUGUCCCCUACACACACAUGAACGGUGGCAAGAAAAACGGACGAAUCUUAUCGUUGCCCAGAUCCAGCCCUUCCUAACAUUUCCUGUUUCCUCAAAUAACUUGUUUUACUGCCCCUUCCCUCCCAUCCUUCUUUCUCUUCCAGUCCAUUUUUUCUGUAUCCUUCAUGUUCCUCUCUUUUAUUUUCUAAUUAUUUUCUUAUUCUUGGAGAAACCCUUCAAAAAAGACACAGAUCUCAGGACUUUUUAUUUUCUUCCUUAUGGCUGCCAAACACAGGCAAGCAAGGGAUGCAAACAUGGUGUAACACUUUUUUAACUUCCUCCAAAACACAUCGGACUUUCUAUUACCAUAUUACUUAUCUAUUGUUUCUCACUAUUGCCACGUUUCCAGGACUCAUUGUGAUGGAAAAAGAGGAAAAAAACUGUGAACACAACAAACCUUAGACAACCACAAGGCUGCUUACGCUGAACCUCUUCAAGACUUGUCCCUCCCUUUUUCCCCACAACCCACCAAUCUGCAUUUCCACAUUUCUGUGCUUUGUUUUUGUUUUGUUUUUUUCUCCAAGUGAAAUCUUUUUACUAAGAUAGUGGCCUUUUUAUACGUGGCCUAUAAACAAAGAGAAGUGUCUAUCAAGCGCUUAUACUAAUUUCCUUUUGAACAAUGACUUAAUCUGUUUGGAACGGUGGGAUGACUUGCAAAGACUUGAUCCUAGAACAAACAUCUAUUCGUAUAGGAAUGUUGUUUUUGUUUGUUUUUUUUGGGGGGGGGGGGGUUUUGGGGUUCUGCAGAAUUCCAAACUACACACAGAUUCAUCGGGUGUUUGCUGAAUAGUUUUAAUUUAUUUGCUUUUAUUGUUAUUUUCUCUAUCUCUCUCAUCUUUACUCUCGGUUUUAUUUCUGUGUCCUCACUAUAUGGCUGAAGGAUAUUUAAACAGUUAAGAAUUGGACAAAGGAGUUCCUCAGACUGACCAAUAGCUGCUGCUUUGAUAUAUUUUAGUGGGUAUAGAAAUAUAUAAAUAUAUAUAUAAUAUAUAUAUAGUAUAUAUGGAAUAUUGGUAUCAAUGUACCAAUAUUUCAUAUAUAAUAUAUGACAUAUUGAUGUUUUUGUAAAUAGUUCAUAUUUGUAAUAUUUUCAUCAGAGGCUUUGCUAGUAUUUAGUUUUUAUUUUUGCCAGGUUUUUUCUUUCUGGGUUUUUUAAAUUUUCUUAUUUUUAUAUCCCCAGAAAUCACACUAAUCUACCAUCAGUGCUCUCUGUGUCUUAGGCCUCCAGCCCCCCUCCGAAAGUCUGACCACACGGAUGGGAAAAGGGGAAAGACCUAAAAUAUUGUCAACUCACUGCAUCAUUUUUUUUACAAACCUCGUUCCCACUGAGAACUGUCAAUAUUUGGAGGCAACUUUAUUACAACACAACAAACAAACAAACAAAAUGGAAUAACCAAAAAAAAAAAAGCUUUAUAAAAGGGGGAAUGAGGUCUUUCUAGGUCACAGUGCACCUGAUGUGUUUGUCUUCUGUGUCUGCUGUCUUUCUCUGGUCAAAUCACGCUGGAGUUUAGGUCCACAGUACGUGUUGUUCUCACAGGUUUGAAGUCGGUGUUAACUGUUGACGACGUUAGAGAGUAUGUUGAGAGCUUGUACUGGCCUGGUGAUUGGUACUUCCUUUCGUUAGCUUAAAAGUAAUUGCUGCUGUCAGUCAAAUGCAUGUGAAGUGUAUGACAGUUUCCUGCCCUGAGGUGCUUUAGCCCGUGUUAUCUUUUUAUCCUGUUUAUGAGCAGCACUAAAAGUUUACUGAAAAUUCUAAUCAGAGCAGCAGCAUCCUCUUUGAAUCUGACACAGUUCAGGAGCGUUAGAAUGAGGGUUUUAUUAAAUUCACACAGACCCCUUCUCAUUGUUGUCCUGUAAGGUUUGCUCUGCACUGCACAUCUCCUGUACACUCUCUCCCUCCUUCAAUCUAUCUGAGGCUUCCCAUUGGCUGCUGAACCCACUGCUCAAAAUCACGCCGGUGGAAAUUUCCACGUUUUAUGGUGGAGGGCCUGGGAGAAACAAGGAAAGUUCCAACUGUUUUCCGAAUCCACAGCAGGUAGUGGAGAGAGAAAGGGGGGAGCAGUGUCUCUCUCUCUGUCUUUCUGUGUGUCUGAGAGAGAGGGAGUGUGAGUGAUUGUUAAUCCUAUUAUUCUCUCUGCUAUCACAUGCAGUUAGGCAGCCAGGACACAGUGUGCAGCAGAUAUUUCACUCAGGUCUGACAUUCCAGUAUUUAGUCGGAACUGCGCGUUCCCUCGUCCUCUUGUUUUGCCUCCCUGUUGGCAAAACUGAUACCAUCACCACACCCCACCACCAUCAGUACUCACAUUGAAAGACUAUUUUUAUUAUUAUUGUUUCUUAAUAGUUGAUUUGCUAGAGAUACAUUGGCAGACAGAUUUCUUAAACAUUCACUGUUACAUUUUCCUGAAGUCAAAUCACCUUUGUUUUAGCAACGUGUUUGUCCCUCCUGUCCGGGAAUCAGAAACAUUCCUGUCAGCUUAACCUUACAAUGCGACACACAGCUACAGAUUGCAGAAAAGUUAGGUGUCCUCAUUGCUGACCCCUCUGUUUUGUAUCUUACCAUCAUGAUUUCACUACGACUCUCACUCAGAUCUCAAAGACCGACAGAGUUUUACAGCAGAUCCUCCGUAAAAUGCUCUUCACUCACUUUCUAACCACAUCAGUCGAUGAGGCAGGAGCCGAAAGAGAGGAGCUUUUUUUUCUCUUUUUUUACUUCUUCUGGACACAUAGACCAGUGUGGUUGCCAAUCUAGCUGAACAGCAUUCAGCACUUACAGUAUAGCCAAAGUGUUGGCAGCUUUCUGUCAACAAGGAGAACCCACAGAAUUGGAGUCAGAGAAAGCAGAGAAGCUGCCUCCAUAUUUUACCAGUGCCUUCUCAAACCCAGAGCCACGUCCAGGCUAGUUAUAUUGUCUAGUGUAACGCACACACCGACACAUACCCAGGUCGCUGUGCUCUCUUUGUAUUAGGAGAGGUUUAGAAAUCAAAGCUCACAUCUACAUUUGUGCUUGUAGGGUUUAAACUAUGUUCUUUGGUGGAAGAGAAGAGUCUUUCGGAGCAGUUUUUUAUUCUUAUUUUUAUUUUUUCAGAAUCUGUGCUGUCAGCACACAGAGGCACCCGAGGUUAUGAUGUUGAUUUUGGCUAAUUAUUCUGAAGAGCUACGAUCUUGGGCUUUUGUACUCUGUAAAUAAUUUGUGACAUAGUUUGGGGAAUAAAAGCAGAAAAAAGAUAUAUAAAAAAUUCUGAUUCCCAUCAGUUGUGUGUACAUAACAGAAAAAUGGUGGACCUCAGCUGUGUCACAUUUCCAUAUUACAUACUAAUACUACAUACAGAUAGUAUAUGUAUGUAUAUAUAUAUAUAUAUAUAUGUAUAUAUAUAUAUAUAUAUAAAACACACUACGUACUCCAAAUCCGGGUCAGAAUUGGUAUGUGGGGUGAAAGUGGGACACAGCUCUCGUCUCCACCUCAAUUUAGGUUGCUUUUCUUGUGGUGGUUGUUCACACGCAUAUGCAAUUUUUAAUUAAGAUGGUGCCCAUAUCUUUGAAAUACCAGAUAUUUAUUUUAUUAUGAUCAUUCUCAUUGUAUAAGAAGAACACAGUUAGCUUUUUAGUGGAGCAUUUUUAAGGUGUUUUGAGAGUGGAGCUAUUAUAAUAGCCUAGUUUGUUAUUGUAGGCGAAGUAGCCGGCGGUAAGCAGGAGGAGUGUUAGUUAGUUAGUUAGUUAGUUAGUUAGUUAGUUAGUUAGUUAGUUAGUUAGUAAGUAAGUAAUUGUCGUCGUCUUUGUGUUUGGCCAGAGUCUACCUCAGUGCAUAUGGAGGAAUCAGUCUAAAGAGCCGAAAUCAUCCCCACUGUCAGUCACUCAGCAUCCCAUCAUUUCAAAUAAUGUCACUUUUAUCAUACAUUACCAACACUGCUGAUGAAUUCCUUUCCCCUGUGGUGUAUUUCAACCCUCUGCCUCCUUGUUUUGUUGGUCUUUUCUUCUCUUUGUAUCCCUGAGGGAAGCUCAUCCACCCCUGCAGUAUGUAGAUAUUGUUGGGAGCACGGCCCUUCGUAUUUUGGUCCUUUUCAAUUUUAGAUUGCUAAUUUCUGUAGUAAUCGCUGCAGAGUUGAAUAAAUAUACCAGUAUUAUCCCUCUCCUUUUAGAUUUUUACCCAAAUACUGAACAAGGAGCAGGAGAGUGGCAUUAUAGGUGGUCUGUCCCUUUCAUUGUAAUCACAGCUUAUAGAAUUACCCACAAAAGACUUCCCUCGGGCACUGGAAGAAGCCAUGUAGCUUUAUUAUGUGUGUUCCCCCUUUCCAUAUACACCAAUCCUCUGGACUGUAUGUAGUAGCGGCUCUACUGGUUUCUGGGGAUGAGACAUUAGCACGAGUAAAACAAAAUUAAAGUCUAGUGACUCUCAAUGCAUAUCUGUGAUCGCCAAGGCUAACCAAGCUAAGCCCUGGAUGCUCAUGGUUUUUUUUUUUUUUUUUUUUAAAGUCACAUCAGGACUAAACCUGUUGUGUGGCAGAAAGCCCUACUCCUCUCCUGUCAGUGUCUGUCUCAUUUUUGGUCAAAACAGUUAGCGUUCAAAUCCAACGUUUCCUCCAGAGGUUGGUUCAUUCAUUUGUUUCUCUGUUCUGAUUUUUUUGUUUUGUAUGUAUAUUUUUUCUACUGUGAAUAUCAAGAGAUAACCUUUAUUUUCUGUCAAUGCCAUGGAUUGGGUCUGGUAUGGCUGAUCAGGACACUGAUGUCUGGGCUGGUUAAAAGUUUUAAAGAGGAGGACCCACCCCCCACCCCUCUCUCUCUCUGCAAAGGAAAAAAGCUGGACUGGGACAAUCCUGUGUGCCAUAAGAACUAUUUACAGACAUGAAAUCUAGAUUGUAACUUUUUGUCUCAGGGAGGCGGCCUGAUGCUUGUGGUUGGAGGAUUAAGAGGAUAAGGAGGAAGAAGUGCUAUCUACCUGUACCCUUUAUCAACUCUGACUGAAGCGCAAGUUCUCAGCAUUCUUUAAAAAAAAAAAAAAAAAGGCAAAAUGGAGAUGAUGAUAAGCCCAAGGACACGUUUUCAGCAACAAAAACCCAAACACCCUCAUGACAAAUCUGAAAUCUUUUCUGCCCCUUUUUUGAAGAUAAUCAGGAAUCCUCCUCUCUCUCUGACGUGAUGUAGUUUGCACCGCCCUCUAGUGGUUGUAUGGGAACGCUGCAGGUCAGGGGUGGCAAAGCAAACGGCUUCGACCCCGUAGUGCCUUGCUCAGACUGACCCCUCCCACACAGAACUGGUGAGAUUCCACCAAUCACUUAAGAGGAUCUCCAAACAUGAAACAUGAAAUGAAAACACAUGAAUUAUGUUUAUAUCAAUAAUGUUUUCUUUAAUUGUAACUGCAGAGAAAAAAACAUACAACCAAACUACCAGUUUGGUGAGGGAAUACUGUAAUUUGGGAUUAUGUGACUGAUGAUUUUUACCAAAAUAACAAAACAAAAAACCCCAAAAAAAGUUGAACUUGUAUCUCUACUCUGCUUAGCUCUGGCUUGCUUUGUGCAUGGAAAAUGAAUUAUCUGUACCAGCGGAAGGCUUGAUAAUUUGACGCUUACUGAUUUUUUAAAAUUUGCUUCUCGGCAGCCAUCGUCAGUCUGUUUUUAUUUUUUUUAGUGUUUUUUGACAGCGACACCCCAAAGCACAUGCAAAAACCCAUGAUUAGCAACAAGUGAUUGCAUUACAAUUGGGUUUUUUCCAUUUGAAGUGCAUCCAGCUCCAUGAUCGAUAAAAAGAAAAAAAAAACCUGAUUAAUAAGCUCCUGGUUGUAAAUAGCAGUGGAUCCUCCUCAACCCCUGAAAAACAAAAGCACUUGAUUUAGGGAAGUUUAGGUUUGUAUUGUUGAACUCUGAUGACCUUAAAAAAAGAAAAAGAAAGGAAAAAAAAUCGGUUGGACAGAGCAUGCUUGUAACGCAAUGCAGGGUGAGAACAAAGCAUUGUAUGUAUUAUUGUUUUGUUUUAAAGAAAAGAAAAGUAUUACAUUUUAGAGAUGUUGAUUUCUAUUUUUUUUAGCCAAAGUAGGGAGGGCAAAUACAAUUACUUUUUCUGACUGUAAACUUUUACUACUCUUGUACAUUAUGAAUUUAACAUUGUUAUCAAUGUGUAUAUAACUUUUUCUAAAUUUAAAAAGAUAGAUUUUGUUUGUUUUCCUUUACUUUUUUUGUGUUCAUGACACAACCCACUACACAGAAAAGAGCAGAGUCCAGUGUGUGGAUGUAUUAAACAGGAGCAGCACAACUCCAGUCUGAGGGCUUUAACCCUGUGAAACGAGACAUAAAACAGUAUGUGGCCUGAAAACGUUUUCUGCUCUUAAUCCCGAUGCAUGCUCCAAAGGUUUGGCCGACAAUACGUCAUGCAUUUGACCCGACCUGCCCAUUCGCAGCAAGCAUGUCCACCCGUAAAAUCCUUUUUUUCCCUCUUUUCUUUUUUUUUCUUGUGUCACAAAACGCGUCACCUGUCACUGAUGUUGUCGUGCGAACUUUAAGAAGACGUGUGUAAAGUUUGUGAAUGUGUUUUUUUUAUGUGAGAAACUGGAAAAGACCACUGCACAUCCUUUUGAGGAAGAGGACGCAUGAGUGAUAAAAUCCUGAAUAAGCUAAAAUAAAAAUAAAACAGAGAGAAAACUUUACUGUUGGCACCUUUUUAAAAUUAGACUGUAAAGCUGGACACACCUCCAGCAAUGAAUUAAUUAAGUACUGUCUGUCAGUUGUGUGAUGAUGAACUGUUCAUAUUUGUUUUGUUGAUUACGGAGAGAGUGACACCACUGUUUAAAGACAUACAGGUGUGGCUCAGGGUCACUGUUUCAUUAGAUGACAAAUCCAAAGGAAAGCAGCCUCUUUUUGAAGUCUGAAUCAUCUGUCUGUCCAGUGGUCUGCUCCAGUUUACACGCCAAUACCUUAUAUUUGUCUCUAUCCUGUUCCCUGUGCUGUACGUUGUUUAAAUCAAUGGAGUUGUUCCUUUAUCAUGGCUUUCUUUGUCUCCGAUCGCUGCUCCUCUUCCUCCUCCUCCUCUUCUCUUUGUCCUUCUUCUUGUCUCUUUCUCUCCUCGGUGCACAUAGGUGGUCCCAAGAAUGCUGUGUGUAGUCUCGCAGGAUACCUCUUUUAUUAAUGUCAUUUAUUGCCGAUGAAUAUGCUGAUGUAUUCAUUUUGGGAUUUGUUGUGUAUACAUUAUGUUGAGACAUCUGUGCGUAUGCAGACAGCAGGUGUAUAUGUGUGUAUGUACAGUCCAAAACUCAACUCCCGCAAACCCACAGAGAUCGCUUCAUCCCUCACACUGGAUCCAAAUGUGCCAUUAUUUUAUGUAUCACAUAUAUCAACAUAUUGAACAUACACACACACACGUACAAACACACACGUACAAACACACAUAAACACAGAUUUUACAUGCAUAUUGUACAGGAUCAAAAAUGUGCCAUGACUAAAUGAACGCUUGACAAUUUAUUUUUUCUAUGUUUUCAAAGGAGAGCCAAGUAGUGACAUGUACAGAAAAUGUUGCAAUGAUAUGAAAAUAAAAAUCUUGCUGUGUGUAAAUUAUUCAACAAUUAACUGUUUAUAUUAAAAUUAUGAAUAAAAUUAUUGGAGAAUA